CUGAGGUAGGAGAGGAAAAGGUGAAGCAAAUGAAAUGAUACAAGAUUUACGAUACAGUAUUCUCUCUUUUGUAGCAAAUGUUGAUCUCUUACGCUAUUUAUAAUUGGAGAGAUUAAAAUGGGAGUUUAAACAGUUGGUACUACAUCUACAGUCGAUUUGGUGCAAACUUUACCCAAAGGUUAUCAUUUAUUUCUCAGAAAUCCAAAAAUAGAAAGCAAUAUUUCGAUCUGAAUUAAUUUUGAAAAUUUCAAAGAAUUAAUCAAUAAUCAAUUUCAAGUAUACAUUAUUUAAAAAAAAGAGGGGAAUAAAGGUAACAAGGUUAUCAGUAACUUGAAAUUGGUGUUUAAAGUAGCAAUUAUAUUUUAAUAAAGAUAAAAAAUGGUUUGUUAUUGAUUCUACAAUAUAUUUAUAUAUUCGAAAAACCAUUCUGUAUUCUCUACUUGCUUAAUAUAGUCAUAAUACUGUGCCUGUCUAUCGAAAUAUUUAUUCUUUCCCAUGUUUCUCUUCUUAAAAUAUGUCUUUUCGGAGUCACGUUUUCCCCCCAUGUGACUAUAAUUUGAUGUAUUUAUCGGCCUAGUGAGAGUUAUUUUCAUAAAGCGGUUAGCUAAGUUUAGACUUGCUUUGAGGGUUUUUUCCAGUUCUCUUUCAAUUGUGGAUAAGUAAACAUGGGCAGAGUUGGAGAAAAUGGAAAUAGGAUACUUGCGUCUCUUUUAAAUUGUUAUCUUAUAUACAACAGUUCAAAAUCAUCUUAUUUUAUAAAAUUUGUUCUAAUUGGAUUAAUAUUCAACAUUUUUAUAGAAAAUAAAAUAGAAGGAACAUAUGAAGGAAGUGUUGUACAACACUUGGAAUCCCAAUAUAAGAAAAGUCAUCGAUUUGCCAGACCAGUCCUUAACGAAUCCGCUGCAGUCUACGUAACAUUUAGAUUAAAUAUUAAACGCUUGCUUGAUUUAAAAGCCAAAGAACAUGCUUUAACUGCCCUCAUUGAAUUAAGUAUUAUUUGGUACGACGAGUAUUUAAAAUGGAACGAGGCAGAUUAUCAUGGAAUUCGUCGUGUUCAAAUAGAUAAUACGCAAAUAUGGAAACCAACGAUAAGAAUAAUCCAAUUAAUUAAAAAAGAGCAAGACGAAAGCCCUAUAACAGAAGUUAUCGUAGAAUCAACUGGUCGAGUGAGCUGGUAUCCCAGAGGCAUAUACACAACUCCAUGCCAUGUUGACGUUACUUAUUUUCCAUACGAUAAACAAGUUUGCAAACUGUCAUUUGGUAAUUGGGUACAUACAAAUAAAGAAGUAUUUUUAAAAUUUGCAAAAUGGGAUAAUUUAUCCAUAGAUACCUUUAGAUAUACAACUUCCAAAGGGGAUGAAUGGGAGAUUACUAAAACAGAACAAAGACUCAUAAGAAAUGUAAAAUAUCAAAUGAUUUGUUGUUUGAAGGAAGAUUUUACAAUAUUAGAAUUUAAAAUAUAUCUUAAAAGAAACGCAGCACUUUUAUCAAUUGUUCUAUUACUACCUUGUUGUAUUCUUAUGAUGAUUAACUUACUAGCAGCUUUCCUACCACCAAGUUCUUAUGAGAAAAUAAGCUUAGCACUCAGUAUUUUCCUUAGUUAUUUUGUUCUUUUGUUAAUCGUUGUAGAACAUAUUCCAGAAGGGAGCAAGCUACCAGCUGUUGGUAAGUUAUUCUUUCUUUAAAAUAUUGCAUUUAUCCAUUUUUAAUAUCUUGGACUUGUUUGCAGGAGAACUAUUUAUAGCUAGCCUAAUUAUUAUAGCGUUAAACAUCCUAACUUCAACUGUGGUCUAUAACAUAGCUCUAAAGGAGGAAGGAGAUUUUCAUUUUCAAAUAAGUGAUAAAUCAAAGAGAAAUCUAUUAAGACUAGCAAAGAUUUUGCUUGUACCGAAGGCCUAUUACGUUUAUAACGAAAGAGAGAAUUUCGAAGACGUUGUGAAUAAUCAGAGUUUAUCUUAUAAGGAAACAACUUCAAACAGUCAAAGAAUAGAAUAUAAUCAUAGAAUAAAAAAUUGGCUCUUGUUAGCAUCUAUUGUCGACAGAUUUCUCUUCUGUAUCUAUGCUAUUCUCAACGUGCUCACUGCAACUUUUAUAUUUGUAAGACCAAAUGAUAAAUAAACUUGUAACUUAAUUGAUUAGGUCUUUUAUAAACAGCAAUUAGAAAAAUGGGCCUAAUUGCAUGGAAAGUUUUCAAGCAGUUUUUAUAAUUUGUUUUUACAUUUUAUGGUUUAAAUUUUCAUUCAAUGAUCAAUUGAUAAUAGUCGGUU